CCUCUCCAACUGUUUCACACGUUGAACUUUGUUGGUCCAUCUGCGUAUAAAUACACACACACAACAUCAGCCAUGGAAUUCACUUUCAUGUGAACCAAACUUGACAAAGGUGCAAAGAUUCGAGUAUAUAUAUAUACAUCGCCAGACAGCAGAACAGGAGAAAAGAACUGAAGAACAAGGCCACGUUGAAAAGUUCACAAAAAUUUUCAAGAUUCUUGGUGGUUAUAAUAAAGUUAAGGAUAUAGGCUAUGGCAGAAGAUUUUCAAGGGGGUGUUUGUGGAGGAAACUGGUGGAAUCCGCAGAGAAAUCUCUUUGGCUCGUCGCCAUGUGCGUCCGCAAUCAACGACAUGGGAAGCUUUGGGUGGCUGCAGAACCAUGACCUGAUGAUGGACGUGAGCACUGCAAGGUCAAUCAGUGAUGAUUCUGCCUGUUCGGCGGCCUCCGAUGGCGCCAGCUCUGUACUAAUUCAAGACGUACAGAAACCUCAGCAGCCCACCGGCGAUGGAAACAUGCCCAUGUUUGCCUCAACUACGGAUGAUUGGAAUCAAGAUUUGCUCCAUGAUCAUAGUGGAAGAUCAGAGGAUGAUUAUUCUCGCAUGUUGCAAGAAGCUGCAGGCCUGAAUUAUCGGCUAACAACCACGGACGUUGUCGAUAAGUGUCCUGAUCAAAACCACAAGAACUGGAGCGCCAAGAACUUUUGUGAAGAUUCUUCCAUUAACCCUUUCAAACAAGUGAACAAUCAGAGCUUUCCUCUCGAGCCGCAGCCAUCAAAUUCCUUAACUAGUUCAACUCAAUGUGUUCCAACUAAUUCCCAAGGGCUAUCCACCACCUUUCCAUUGAUGAAUUCAGCUUCUUAUAGCUACAGUACUUCGUCCUUGUUGCAAACUUUAUUUGACACAGAUUCCGAUCAGCCUCAUGAGCAAUCUUUGUUAGAUAAUCAGGCGACAAACUAUUCAUCUUACCCGAAUCAUCGGAUUAAUUCGACUGAAUUUUUGCCCAGUUUAACUAAAGCCCCGACUACAUCAAAGCCCUCUUUGGCAAAACAACAGCCUGCUAAUCAUUUGCCGUUCACUAAUAACACAAGCUUCUGGAAUGCCAUGGCUGCGGCUUCGGGUGCAAAUGUUCUCCCUUCAACUCAACCCCGUUUCCUUCCUCCUCCUAUGAUUAACAGUGCAAAAUCUAAUCUCCCAAACAUCAGUGCAAAGCAUCAUAAGGAAGAAGAUCCCAAAGACUUAGCCUCAGCGGUGAAGAAAUUUAGCAACGAACCUUCAUUUAAGCGUCCGCGAAUCGAAACUCCAUCACCACUACCAACCUUUAAGGUGAGGAAAGAGAAGCUAGGGGACAGAAUUACUGCUCUCCAGCAGUUGGUUUCACCUUUUGGAAAGACUGAUACUGCAUCAGUUCUCCAUGAAGCGAUCGAAUACAUCAAGUUUCUCCACGAUCAAGUCAGUGUAUUAAGCACUCCGUAUUUGAAAAAUGCAACUCCUCCACUACAACGUUGUCCACAGGCCGGUGAUAAAAACAAAGAUCAAGAAGGUCCAAUACAAGACCUAAAAAGCCGGGGUCUUUGCCUUGUACCGAUCUCAAGCACCUUCCCGGUCGCUGCUGAGACCACUGCUGAUUUCUGGACACCUACAUUCGGAGGAAGCUUCAGGUAGAGGAGAAAGGGAAACAAAAUAAAACUCACAAAAAGAAAAUGAUGUCAAUUCUGAUAAAAAGGUAGGAUGGGAGAAGAUAAUGCAGAAAAAGGAAGCAACAUUGUUGUAUUCUGCAAGUAUUGAGGAAAAGCAAGACAAAGAAAAAGGAGGAGGGAAAGAAGUGACCCUCCAAGGAAGACAGCCCACCCUGGGCCAGGAGUAUCAAGUUAGUUGUUUGCAAAUGAUUAAGGAUUUAACACAAAUUAAAUAAGUUUAAUCUGUAUUAUAAUUGAUGAUAUUAGGACAGGAACAGGUGCUAAAUUUUGCUUUACGUUAAUCAGAAUAGGAGACAUGAUAAUUGAUUAACGACAUUAUGUGAUUCAUCAGCUGAAUUUAGCAGUGAGCUAACUAUUAAUUAAAUGGAGAGGUUUUGUUCCUGUUUCUAUAUUUUUCUUGUUGGGACAUAUCCACCAACGUUAAAUUAUGCAAAAGUUGGAAACGAUGGAAAGAAGAUUAAAUAUAUAAAGGCGUUAUUUUAUUUUGUUGCA